AUGACAUCUCCAACGUUCACCUUCAUAUGGACAUGCUUGGUCCUGGUGGCAGCUGCUCAGACAGUUGCUCUGAAAUCAUCUUCAUCUGUUCAUUAUGAGAGACGAGAAACUGGAGAGAGUCUGACGUUACAAUGUGUCUUCAAAGAUAUUGGAUCUCCAUGGGUUUACUGGCUUAAGCAAACUCUUGGAGGGGAACUGAAGCCGAUCUCUGCUUUUAACAAACACAACACUCGAUAUACUUUUCUUGGUGAGUUUCAGAAAAAUCCACGUUUCCAACUGGAUGGUCAAAACAUUAAAAAUCACUUAAAAAUCUCAGAUGUGCACAUGUCAGACUCGACUACAUUUCACUGCAUUACUGCAGAGACUUUCAUAAUACAAAUUCUAGCGACCAUCACAGUCAGUGUGAAGGGUUCAGGUGUGAGCGUCCCAGCUCUGGUCCAUCAGUCAGAGUCUGAAACCAUCCAGCCAGGAGGCUCUGUGACUCUGAACUGUACAGUCCACACUGGGACCUGUGAUGGAGAACACAGUGUUUACUGGUUCAGAAACUCUGAGGAAGCUCAUCCAGGACUCAUUUACACCCAUGGAGGCAGGAAUGAUCAGUGUGAGAGGAACCCUCACUCACACACUCACACUUGUGUCUACAACUUGGCCAUGAGGAGCCUGAAUCUUUCUCAUGCUGGGACCUACUACUGCGCUGUGGUCUCAUGUGGACACAUACUGUUUGGAGACGGGACCAAGCUGGACUUUGGAGAUGAGGUGAGCUCUGGUGUCUUGGUGUAUUCUCUGAGUGGAGCUUUGAUAUCUGCAGUUAUCCUGAUAGUUGUCCUGGCCUUCUUAUUGUACAAGAUGAACAAAAGAAUCUGCUUCUUAUCUCAAGAGAUACAAGCAAGAUUUUCAGCUCCCUCCACAACAAACAUGGAGGUUAACAGAGGAGCAGACGACGUCUGUUAUGCCACUGUGAACGUUAACAUGCCCAACACAUCAAGAAGACAGAGAAACACAGCCAGAGAUGAAUGUGUGUAUUCCAGUGUGAGGCAGUAGAAGUCACCAUGGUUCAUCUUUU